UGCUCCUCUCCCUCGCUGUCACUUCUCAGCGCUGUCACCCCAGCWCGCACCUCGACGGGCCGCCACCCCGGGCAAAGGCGACCGUAGGGUGGCGGCCCGGCUGCGGAGGAGGAGGAGGAGGCGGAGAGGCCCGGCGCGGCAGGAGGCGGGUUUCCCCGCCGCACCUGGGUGCAGAGCCAAGCACCGAGACACAGCACCCAGGACCGAAAGCCGGCCGGCCCGGAGCAUGGCGCGGGAGCUGAGCCAGGAGGCUGUGCUGGACUUCCUCUGGGCGGCCGGGGGACGAGCCCCCAACACGGCGCUGCUCCGCCACUUCCAGCGGUUCCUCCGUGACCCGGCGCUGACGGAGCAGCAGCGGCGGGAGCGCCGCGAGUAYUUCAAGAGCCUCGUCAACUCCCUGGCCACCGUCCACCCCGCCGCCUCCCCCGGCGCCUCCAAGGACAUCGUCCUCCGCCGCAGGUACCGCGACCUCCUCGAUGAGGAGCUGCCGCCGCCGGAGGAACAGCGGGAGCAGGAGGAGAAAAAGAAGGAGCCGGAGCCGGCGCUGUCCCCCGCUGGGCCGCCCCGGUCCCCAUCGCCGCCGCUGCCUGCCGCCGGGCUGCCCUCUGCCAGACCCCCGUCCCCGUCCCGGACGCCACCGCUGCCAUGGGGCCGGGGGAUGCCGCCUCCCUACAGGUCGCCUCAGCCUCGGUCUCCGCCGCAGUCCCUGACCGGGAUGCCCUUGCUGAAGGCCCCACUGCCCUCGACAAUCCGGGAGGAGGGACCCACCGCCGGACCCAUCCAGUCCCCACUGCUGUCAUCAGGCCCCAGGGCGCUGUCCCCCCCCGACCUGGCCCCAUCGCGGUCCUUGCCGUUGUUACCCCACACCGACCUGCCCCCAUCCCGAUCCUUGCCGUUGCUGUCCGCCCCGGAGGUGCUGCCCCCGUCCCGGUCCCUGCAGACACUCCCUGCCAGCUCCUCCUCAUCCCCACUGCUUUCAUCGGGCCCAGAGGAGCUCCCCGCCACCAGGCUGCCCCCAUCGCAGUACAGAUCCCUGCAGCAGCUCCCCACCAGGCCAUCCCCAGACUUGCCGAGAGGAUCCAGGGGGCUGACCCCCAAGGGACCUAACCAGCCUCAAGCCCCGCGGCUGUACGCGUGCCAAAGCCUGACACUGCCAUCAGCUGCUGGGAUGCUGCCCCCCACCAGGCCAUCGCCAUGCCAAUCCCUGCCACAGUCCCCCACUCUGCCACCCCCACCCCGCUCCCUGCGGCCACCCCUUGCCAGSCCCCCCCCAUAUCAGUCCUUGGUACCAGCACAGGGCCCCGCAGUGCCCCAAACCCCAGAGAGCCAGCCCCCAGCACCAAUGCCUGUUUUCCAGAGCAUCAGGCGCCAGCUUGCUUUGUCGGAGGGGCAGGGCACCCCCCUAUCAGUGCACGAUGACUGUAGGCGGCAGCCCCGCUCCGUGCUCUCCAAGAGCUCCCCUAGGAAUGCUGCAAGCCGGGGGCCGUUGGUGCCGCUGGGACAGCGGGAGCACGCCUGGCUGGUGGCAAUGUCAGCGGGCUGCUGGGCUCAGGUGCGGGGGCUCUUUCUGGAAGAGCCUGARCUGGCCCUGCAGAAGGACUUCAUCUCAGGCUUCACAGUCCUUCACUGGCUGGCCAAGCACGGCGACGGGCCGGGCCUGCAGGAGCUGGCAGCGGCGGCACAGCAGCUUGGGCUGGCCCUGGACGUGGACGUCCGCUCGGGCUGCGGGUACACGCCGCUGCACCUGGCUGCCAUACACGGCCACCAGCUUGUCAUCAAGGUGCUGGUGCUGCAGCUGGGGUGCCAGGUGCAGGUGCGGGACGGCAGCGGGCGCCGGCCUUGGGAAUACCUGGGCAGCUCCACCUCGGGGGAGAUCUGGCAGCUCCUGGAGGCGCCCCGUGGUACAAUCAUGUUCCCCACGCAGCCCCUGGCCCGAAGUGUGUCCUCUGUCAGCAAGGUCUCGCCGUCCACGGGCAGGGCAGCACUGCCUGCCUGCCUCAGGGUGCCGCUCGGCCGUGGGGCAGUGUCCCACCAAUCUGGCAGUGACAGUGACUGAGACAGCUCCCUGGCAUCCCCUGCCWAUGGAGAUGGGACCUUGGUGGCCACCCUGCUAGAGGAAGCUGUACAUGCAGAACAAAAGCUGUGAAACAGACUGAACCUAUUGAAUGUACUUYUAAAUUAUUCCAAUGAACUGUUGUCUGAGCCUCUCUGCCCGCCCUCCCAUUUCUUGCUUUUCUACCAGUGAAAGGAUGCAGAAACUCUGCUGGAAGCAGGCAGAASCCUCAGGAGGCAAGCCCUCUGCAGCCCACAGGGCCAGUACCAGCUACUGGGUGCAGCCAUGAUGACCAGCAUUAGUGGGACCAUGCCUUUGGUGUGAGGCUCAAGUCUAGCCCCAGUCAGCGAGGAGCACUUGUUUUUGCUGACAGUGAUAUUGUUGGUCCUGGGGUUUGCAAAACACUUGUUUACACCACCUAAAUUCUGGGGAGUAGUACAACUACAUCCCUUUUUAAUCCCAGCAGAUUAAGGAUGAGUCCCUCUUCUAAAAAUGCAGCUGAUCAAGAUCYAGCCUUCCAGCAAGAGUCCUCAGAGAGCAACUGACUGUGGCAGAGGGUGGCAGUAGGGAAGAUGUUUCCCAGGCCACMUUACCCACCAGCCCAUACCAAAAAGAAUGCAGGGCAGCACCACAGCCCUGCUAUCCACCACAGCUGCCCAGGGCUGCCCAGCAGCAUCCCUGCUGCUCCCUCAUUCCUGCAUCUCCAGUUGCUCUCCUCACACCACAGGAUUAGGAAGUGGUACCUGUGUUGUGGCUAGAGCCCUGUUCCCAAGCCUUGGGACAGAAAGCAUUGUGGCAGGAAUUCUGUGUUGGCAGAAAAGGAGUUGUGCUGUAGUACAGGUCUCAGCCUUCCAGAGGGAAGGCAGUUUCCUAACCAGAGCUGCAUUUUCCCAGAGACCCCAGCCCUAAAUUGCUUAUUUGAUGGAAACAGAUUUGGGGGGACAAGUGCAGUCAAGAGAUAUCCAGUGGAGUAAUGGCUCAGAUUUUAUAAAAAUGAGCUGUGCUUAGGAAUCUCACUGGAUUAUGUGGGUCCUCUAAUGUACCUUGCUCWCUGAUUUAGCAUGAAUGAGCUUCUAAACUUUUAAAAAUUGCAACAAGUCA